AUGCCCUCACGCAGUUUGACAUCUCCACGCGUUUUAGCGCGCCACAUUGUCUCCUCCAGUCACACCUGCCAAAAUCUCAGAUGCGCAGCUUUGAAUGGCGAUGCAGCCAAGAGACCGCUACAUAGCUGCCAGCACUUUCGACGGACGGGUUUUGAGGAGAAACACUCAAUCACAAACGAACCAAGGCAUGGCACUAGCUUCAAGGCAGCAGUGAGGCAUUGGUCUAGCGGAACCCGCGAGGCGAAGGGUAGGACAUAUUCAGAUGCCCUAGAGCGACUCGACAGCCUCACCCAGAAUCGCGACAUCACCAAAGCCUUCGAUGGCAAAGAUUCCAAGGCCGCCAAUGAGGCGGCCAUCCCCGAAAUGAUCACCUGGCUUCGACGUGCAGGCUAUACUACAGACCAACUAUCUCAGAUGCAGCACAUCCACGUUGCAGGCACAAAAGGGAAAGGGACCGUGUGUGCAUACGCGACCAGGCUUCUAUUGAAUGGCACGCAGGGCAAACGUGUAGGAACCUACACGAGUCCACACCUUGUGACUGUCAGGGAGCGGAUUGCCCUGGACGGGAGUCCGGUGUCGAAACAAUUGUUCACGGAAGCUUUCUUUGAACUAUGGGACCGUCUCGGGGAGGCUGCUCAAAGAGAAGGCCUACCGGAACGAGAAGCCAGGCCUUUCUUCUUCCGUUUCAUGACGCUUCUCGCGUGGCACAUUUUCAUCAGGGAGAAGGUCGAUGUUGUCGUCAUGGAAUGUGGUAUCGGCGGCGAAUACGACGCCACGAAUAUCUUACCGCCCGCGGCGGUGGCCACCGCGGUCAUCACACAUCUAGAGCUCGACCACACAGCCAUGCUGGGGAACACUGUGGAGAGCAUUGCAUGGCACAAAUCGGGCAUCUUCAAGCAGGGCAGACCAGCUAUUGCCUAUGCUGGUGACAUGGCCGAGUCCGUCAAGAAUGUGCUGGUGCAAAGGGCUAAAGAGAAAGGCGCAAAUCUGUAUCUGAUCCCCAAGGAGGUUUUGGAUAGGGUAUGCAAGCAAUCGCCAGACGACGUGAUAGCCGUGAAGAACCACAUGCUGGCGGACAUGGCUGUCAUCGCUCAGCAGCAGGGGUUGUCGACAAAGAGCAUCAGCGAAUACUCCAGUCAAAGCGGCGGAGACUUGCCGCAAGCUUGGGAGAAGAUGCAUGUUCCCGGCCGAGGCGAGGUUCUCCAAAUGGACGGGAAGACGUGGUACCUGGAUGGCGCGCACACACAGGAUAGCAUCGCGAAUGUGGCAAGUUGGAUAGCCGCACACGUCUCCGGAAACGACAAGCUGAUUGUCAUUUUCAAUCAACAAGAACGAGAUGCCGUACAGCUCCUGAAGCAUCUCGUACGGUCCGUGGAAAGCUAUACUGAUGAACCGUCAUGGUGGACUUCCAAGUCUCCAUCUUUCAUUUUUCCCCGGAACAACCUCAUGGUGCAGACCAACAAUGAGCUGAAGCAGGGGGCAAGAGACCUGAGUGUUCAGGAGGAGGCGUCACGCUGGGUGCGGAGCCCUGAUGGUGCAAAGCUCAUGUCGACGAAGGCACAAAUCACAGUAUUAGAUAACGUCAACGACGCAGUCGCGCAAGCUAAGGAGAUAGCGGCUGGACACUCGAAGGCAAAGAUUGUUGUCACAGGCAGCAUGUAUCUCGUCGGCGCCGUUCUCAAGACGCUGCAACGAGGCACAGGGGAUGAGAUAGAGUGAUGGCCUGUUGUUAUCACUAUAGGGCAUCUGCUUGUUCCAACAUACCCAACGCGCCUCCAACGAGAUGCAGACUUCCCGUGAUCAAGGCGUCUACUUUGACAUUUUGAUCCAAACCCGACCCCAGCGCUCGAACCUGCUCGAUCGCAUCUUCAAUGGUCGGCACGACCCGUACCUUCGCUGUAGGCUCCAUGGCCAUCCACUUCUCCUCGAAGCGAUGCUGGACGACCAUGUCGUGCACUUCGCGAGCAUCAGCCUGGCGAUUCACAAAGUCACGCUUGUAGCCCGUCUUGAUGUACGUGACAUUGGUGCAGAAAAUAACCAGGUCAAAGGUUGGUUUGCCCUCGCGCUUUGCUGCGCUGUGGAUGGACUCGAGGAAGUCGACGGCCUCUGAACGUCCCUGCUGGUUGAAGAUCAAAACGCGCGGGCCCGUACU